UGAUGCCUUUAGUGAUGCCUACACUAAGCAGAUAGGAUCUAAGAGUUUUGCUCAAGGACACUUCGGCAGGGCUCAUGGAAGCUGGCGGACACGCUGUCUGCUUCUCUGCUGACGUGGGAAAGGCUCCAGCCGCUGCUGCCACACCUCCAUCACCUUAAGCAAGGUUGUGCUUUUGGACACGUAACCCGACACAUUCAGAUAUAAAAGCUUCAAUCUGACCCCGCCAGGUUCAGUCAGUCAACAUGAGGGGGCUGCUCGCACUUACAGUGCUGUUCGUGGCCGUUUUCGGCAAGGAGACUUUUGAGGGGCAUCAGGUUCUUCGCAUGUAUGCCAAGAAUGCAGACCAGCUGGCUCUUAUCAACGACCUGGAGGACAAGCACGAGUUUGAGCUGGAUUUCUGGAGGGGAGUGACAGAUGUUAAAACCCCUGUGGAUGUUAGAGUUCCCCACCACAACCUGCAGUCCGUCAAAACUCACCUGGACAGUAAUGCCAUCAAUUACUCCAUCAUGAUCGGAGACCUUCAGGCGAUGCUGGAUGAGGAGCGGAGGGAGAUGGCUUCUGCUGCUCGUGUUGCUGAGCCCAAAAAUGUUGACAGCUACGACUAUGCCAGGUACCACCCCAUCAACGAGAUCUACAGUUUCCAGGACAUGCUGGUGGCUGAGAAUCCCAAAUUGGUCAGCAAGAUUGUGAUCGGCAAGAGCUACGAGGGUCGUCCCCUGAAUGUGCUCAAGGACUCCAGCCCCAGUUCUGACCAAGCCAGCGGUGGUACCAUCGACUGGACCUACAACCAGGGCAUCAAGUACUCCUACACCUUCGAGCUGAGGGACACCGGUCGCUACGGCUUCAUCCUGCCAGCCAGUCAGAUCAUCCCUACCGCCUCUGAAACCUGGCUGGCUCUGAUGGCCAUCAUGGACCACGCCUACAAGAACCCCUACUAAAGUGUGUGUGUGUACAAGUCAUCUUGAAGACUAAUAUCACCAUCAUCAUGAGUCUUUAGACAAAUGAAAGUCACAAACAAACGAAUAAAUGAGCACACUUAAAAACUG